UAGGUACCUUGUAACAAAAAUGGGUUACUACUUUAUAAUAUUUGUUUUAUCUACGUAUUUUCUUACGGCACAGGGCUUCGUAAAUAUGUCACGCUGGGAGGGCACGGAAGAUUCCUGCGGCAGAACAAUGUACAACGACAGCUUGAAGCUGGAGAGAGGCGGAAAAUACAAGGCCGAAGUCGGGCAGUUUCCGUGGGCCGUUAGGCUUGGUGUGAUCCAAGCCAGUACCAAAGAAAUGUAUUUCUACUGUAGCGGGUCUCUGAUUAGCAGAAGUUUUGUGCUUUCGGCAGCUCACUGCGGGAGUCACAGCAAAAUAGCGAGAUUAGGAAGCAACAAUAUAGACGAAGGCAUCGAUUGUAAUGUAAGCAUUUGUGCACUACCUCCACAAGAUAUCAAGAUAAAGGACCACAUAUACAGCGACCAUUGUCGACUGUCCAACAAAAACGACAUCUUAAUAGUAGCCCUCGCACAGCCAGCGGUGUUAAAUGAUUUUGUGCAACCUAUUUGCCUUCCUAAAAAUCUACUAUCAGUACACGAAAAGAAAGAUCGGAUGAUCGUACCAGGAUGGGGUGCAGCGUAUUCGGGGUUCGGGAAUAUAUUCAUGAAUGAGGUGACCAGCGACCUGAUGUACAUCGAAUCUUUUCUUGUAGAUGACAAGAGAUGCAACAACGUAUAUGACUACAAAUUAGAUAACCACCAAUAUUGCGUGAGAUAUCCGCAAGUCGUCAAGGACCCCUGCGUGGUAGACUCUGGAGGUGCAAUGAUCUACUACAAAAAAGUGAAGGGGUUGAAUCGGGCGUUUCUAGUAGGUAUCGCUUCUCACGAUCUCCUCAAGUGCAAAAUAAACAAAACGGUACCCAUUGUUUACACCAAUGUCGCAAAAAUUUCAGACUGGAUUCCGAGAAUAAUACCUAUUUGGAUUGAAUCUCAGAAAGGAAAGGGGAAGAAAAUGUCAAUCAAAAAUGUAUGGGAAGGAAAUGAAAUAGAUAUAGGAGAGGCAAGAGAAGAAGAAAUGGUUGAAACAGCGAAUAAAGAGGAGUUACAAAAAGAUAAAGAAACAGAAAAAGAAUGA